AUGUCUGGCCCUGAUCCCAAGCAAGGCUUCCUCUCGAACCUGUCACCUUGGGGCUCGCGCGCGGUCACGCCGAAGCCCCCGCCUACGCCCAAGACGGCGGAGGUAGGUGUAGACAAGGACAAGGACAAGGACAAGGAGCAGGAGAAAGGAAAGGAAGCGGAAACGAGGACAGCUGGACCAACUCCACAGCAAGGCGGAGACCAUGUAGUCAACCCAAGGCACCGGCUGAGCCUAAAGCGAUAUCCCCAGGACUGUCCUCCGCUUGCCGUAAAGUGGUUCCACGCCGUUGAUCUUCCGAAACGAAAACCGCUCUCCUCCCACGCCAUUGCUCCCGACAAAGCCCUUCCCAAGCCGAAAAAGUGGAUACCCUUCAGCGCAAGUGACUCUCGUGCGAUAGAAGCCGCCUUUCAAAAAACGGCCGACGAGGAUGAUGCUGCUGAGUUAAGGAAGGGCAUCGUUCGUUCUACAACGCCUACCCAGUCAAGUGCCUCCCCAAAACCGACUACGAAAGUCCCCGUAAACGAGGAUUACCUGUUCGACGUUGAGAUCGAGACGCGCGAGCUGGCCCCCUCAUAUUGGCUGGGCCCUGUAUACGACGUCAAGCGAGGAACUUGGUUCACACCAGACGGAGAAGCCGUUGACGAGGGUUUAGCCACGCAGCUUGAGGAGGGUUUCCUAAAGGUCAAACCAUGGCGGUUUGGGAAGCCAGAGGAAAACCGAUCAACCUCGCAACCUCGUGGACGCCCAUUGUCCAUGGGUCCCAGCGUGGGCGACGACUAUCGCAAAGAGUUGGCAAGGCUAAACCGAGAUUCGACAUCGAAUCCAGUCACGCCCAAGUCCUCUUUCGGAAGUCUACGCAACGAGGCUCGCACGCAGCGACAUGACGCCAAACCAGACGAUGCGCCCGUGAUAUUGCCCACCGACUCACCGCGCACGUACCGACUGUUCGGCGCUUAUAUGAAUUCCACUGUGACGUAUCAGGAUGAGAAUACGGCGUGGCUAUUAACUGACGAUAUGUGGACGCGCAUGGGUAGUACACUGUAUCAGCGCUUCGCGGGUGGUGCGCACUACGCAGGUUAUAAGUACGUCCGCGGUUAUACAGAUACGAAGGACAAGAAAAAGACACCCAACGUCAAGGAUCCUCUUGGUGAGAAACAGACCGAGGGGCCAACAACGCCAUCACUGGCCUACGGCUCUGAUUAUAGCAAACCGUCCACAGCCACUACAUCUGAAGCUAAUUCUGACGUCGAGACCUCGGAUAAUGAGACCGGGCGGGAGUCUCCCUCUCAAACUCGGAGAAGACAUUUGGAGAGACAGGUUUCUCAGCUUAUGUCAUCCUCGAAACCUGAGUACGAGCAAAAGCAGGAGGAGGAACUUCGGAAGCGUGAGGAGAAGGAGAUGCGCGAUGACUAUAAGGUACAGGACAAGGGCGAGCAAGGCCGUGAGAUCGAACACCUGCUGCUCAUCACCCACGGUAUUGGGCAGCGACUAGGCAUGCGGAUGGAGUCCAUCAACUUUAUUCACGAUGUCAACACCAUGCGCAAGUCUUUCAAAUCGGUGUACGCCGCCUCGCCCGACUUGCAGGCUUUAAACUCCGAGACGGAUUCGGAAACCAAGAACAACCGCAUCCAGGUUAUUCCUAUCGUUUGGAGACACCUGUUGGACUUUCCGAAGCAGAGUUUGAAGCACAAUCGGAAAGAGCACGAUCUGGGCGAUCUUGACCACGAAGAUCACGAGUAUCCAAAUCUUGAAGAUAUCACCGUAGAAGGCGUUCCAGCAGUACGCAACUUCCUCACCGACUUAGCCCUAGACAUCCUAUUGUAUCAAAGCCCAGCGUACAAAGGUCACAUAACUCGCAUCGUAGUCAACGAGCUGAAUCGUACCUACCGCCUGUUUAAGGACCGUAAUCCCUCGUUCAAGGGUAAAGUCAGUUUAGUCGGUCACUCACUAGGCUCAGCUAUCAUGUUCGACCUCCUUUGCUUGCAGAAAGACCCCAAUUCAAGAUCUAGCUCACAUUCAGGCAAACACCGACGUUCAACCGAAGAAGGCUUGAAGCUCGACUUUGAAGUGGAAGAUUUUUAUGCACUGGGCUCACCACUCGGUCUCUUCCAGAUGCUGAAAGGUCGUACCAUCGCUGCGAGACCCUCUAGCUCCUUCGUGCCACCAAAAACACCAGCAUCACCACUCGACGAUCCUUUCUCACCUAGCGCCGCAGGACAUGAUCACGCCUUCGAUAUAACCACCUCCUCGCCUCUCUGCAAACAAAUCUUCAACAUCUUUCACCCUACCGACCCUAUUAGUUAUCGCAUCGAACCUCUCAUCUCACCGGCUAUGUCCACGCUGAAAGCGCAACCCCUGCCAUACACGAAGAAAGGUAUUUUCGGUGCACCCGCUUCGCAGGGUCUCACCGGCAUCGGAGCUCGAGUCGGCCAAGGCGUCACAGACUUCUGGUCCUCCCUCGGAUCAGGGAUCGCAAGCGGCUUGUUAAAUCGUAGUCUUGGGAUCUCUGGGACCGAAAUGACUGGCGCAGGUAAUGGUGCACAAGGCCAGCGCACAUCACGCCCACUAUAUGUCGGCCCUAGUCCAAAUACUUCUGCAAGUGUAGUACCCGGUUUGAAUGAGCCGGCUAGUGCGUUCAUCAACGAAGAGCGUAGGAGGCGACUAGCACAGGAGAAAAUCGCAGAAGGUGAAGACGGUGAACAUCCUCCUACACUCAUCGAGUCCGAACUAGACACCCUUUUCGCUGGUUUCCAAAACCGCAGAAAGAGCCAACAAAGCGAAGAUGGGACCAGGGAUGUCGAAAAAGAUCUCGAGUGGCAGGAGCUUGAAGAACGUAGUCGCAAGCUCAAGAAGGAGGAGGCAAAGGUCAGAAGCCUGAAUUCGAACGGUCGGGUGGAUUACAGCAUUCAGGAAGGCGCUUUUGAUAUUUCCCUACUGGCUAGCAUAGCUAGCCAUCUCAACUACUGGGCCGAUGAAGACGUGUCGCAUUUUAUGAUCUCGCAGUUACUGGCUAGACAUCGCGUGUUCAAGCCCAAGGAAUAG